GCUUCCGCCCCAGCGUCAGUGUGUCGGUCCCGUACAGGUGAGAGAGGAGCCGGUGACCAUGGCUGAGGAUGUGACUGUAUCAGAGGAGACUCUAACAGGUGCUCUGACUCUGCUGGUCAACCUGGGCACAGUCCUUCUACAGACAGCCAAGCAGGAAGCACAAGAGUCCCUGGAGAGUUUUGUCCCACAUAAGAUCACCACUUUAUUCGGCCUGAUCGCAGCCGGAGCAAACUUCUAUAAGAGCCUCGGAGUGAAGAAGAAGAAGGAAGCAGAGGACAUUUGGAAGAAGUCUUAUCACCAUGAAGCAGUGAGAGAGCAGGUGGAGCAACUUCUGCAGCUGGAGACUGAGUGGGACGCCUUCCUGGAGAGUGUGGACAGAGAUCUGCAGACGACAGAUAGACAGCUGUCAGGAGGAAAGAUCGCAGACAGCCUGAGCCCUGACACUUCAUUCACCGAUGCAAAGAGUGGAAAGAGUGUGACUCUGGGUCAGUACCUGCAUCAGGGGCAGAAGCUGCUGCUGGUCCUCAUCAGACACUUCGGAUGACUACCGUGACGAGACCACGUGGCUGAGCUGGAGGCCAGUCAGGCUGUCCUCGAGGCUCGGUCAGUGAGGGUCUUGGUGGUGUCUUUCGGCGGUGUGGAGGGAGCUCAGGUGUGGCGUGAGCAGACUGGAUGUACCUUUGACAUGCUGCUGGAUCCACAGAGGAAGGUAUACAGGAGCUUUGGCCUCGGCUCGUCUUACGCCAAGGUGAUGAAGUUCGGCUGUCUGCUGCAGUACUCAGAGUACGGAGCUGUUGACAGAGACUUCCCUGACGUUCCCCCUCGCCUGCUUGAAGAUAUCUACCAGAUGGGAGGUGACUUUUUGCUGGAUGAAGCAGGGAAGGUCCUUUUAUGUCAUCCAUCUAAAAUCCCGAUGGACAGGCCGACGGUAAAGGCCAUCCUGCAGGCUGUGGACUCCUCCAGCUGCUCUUCCAAGUCCACAGAGAAACACUGUCAUGUGGAACCCAAGCUGUGAGCACUGGAGACACUGAUCCUGGGGUUGUACCACAUCACUGACACCACAGAUGGAGAGCAGCUCUUUGACUCACGUUUAUGACGUCAUGUCUCACACUCAUGUCACCAUGAAGGAAUGUGACCGAUGCAGAACUAUGAAGCAAAGACAACUGAUCUCCUUCGCUGUGUCAGUGUUGUGAUGGGAGCGUUUUUAAACAAGUGGUACUGCUGGAUUACAAUGUAAUUCAAUAUACAGUUAAUUUUAUGUAAUAUAAAUACUGUUAACUUAAAAAAAAACAGAUUUUAGUAAAUUUUACUGUAAUCAGUGCUGUUAGACAGUGUGGCAUUUCUUCAGGCUUUCCUUUUAAGACCGCCAAAACUCACAGCUGCUUAAUAGCUGUGGAUUCUGGCGGUUUUAAUUGGCAGAGAUGGGUUUCAUUUUUAAUUUUGGAAGUGACAAAUUACCCAGAAAUCAUGUUCUGAUGUUACCACUGUGCUGCCUUCUGCAGGAGACUCAUUUUCCUCCAUGUGGCUGCUCAGGGUGCAGAUGAAAGCUGCAGCUGCAUCCUUGGUUUCUAAUCAUUUUUCAAUACAGAUACAGAUUUAGAUAAAACUGCACUUUGAGAUUGUAGAGGAGAAAAACGGAUAUAUUUGCUGUUCCACCAAUCUGAUGUGUUCAUAUCUAUGAAUAAAAUAAGCAAUUUGUCAUGAA